GGGGCGUCAAACAGUUGUUGAUUGUCGCGUAGAUUGUGUAUUCUUAAAUUUAUGGAUGGAAGAGACGUGAGGAGUAAAUGUAUCUGUUUCAAAUUUAUAUAAAACUUAUGAAAUAGCAUUAUUUGUUUAAUGAUAGUACGAGGAAAUUCCGUACAUGCUGGAACAGAGGUUAUAUUUGUUAACUACAGUUGACAGUUCGAUCAUCUGAUCGAAACAUAUGAUGGUCACAUGACAUAUAUAUCGAUGAAACAAUGAAUGCAAUGAAUAAAGCAGAAGAGGAAUACAUCGAGAAGACAUUUAUCUACAAGUUUCCAACAUGUACUACCAAUCAAGAAUAUACAUUAGAAAUUCCAAUAAAAAUACCAUAUCAUGGUUCCAUAAAAGAAUUGAUGCAUCGCAUAAUGUCAUCGUUCAAACUACCAUGUUAUGUGGAAUCAGACUUGUUAGAAGCUCUGCAAAGUAAUAUCAAAGAGCUUACACUGCAGUUUCAUGAUGAAAAAGCAGAAAAACUUAUUGAAAGUGCCAAAACAGGCACUCUAGAUCUAGAAGACAUAAUUAAAAACUGGGAGAAAAUAUACAAACAGAAAACAGCAGAAUAUUCUGAUCCUAUUGGCACCACAGAUGAAGAAUUAUUUGCAGCUGCAUAUCAUAGAUUAGUGCAUUCUCCAUCUUUAGAACCAAUUUUGCAAGCGGAACACAAAUUUGGACGGGAUGUCACGGAAGUAAUUCAAAUGAGAGACACCGACUAUGAGCAUCUCACACAAAAACAAACCGACGAAAUGCGCGUCGCCGUCGAGGCUCUUGAAGCAGGAUCUACCGAAAAAUCUAUAAACGACAUGGCAGGUCGUCAUUUUGAGGAGCAGAGUUUAUUGCAGGGUUAUUGGGGAUCCAGGGUCGAUGCUUUGAGAUUAGAUCAACGGCGGCAGUAUCGGAAUUGGAUCAUGAGAUUGCUCGAGGAACAACAGACCAGUAUGAUACCCUCGCCGAUGGGUUCACCUAUAGUACCGUUGCCACCAUUGCGUCCCGCUUUAGACAAAUUCGUUCACAGCGAGGAGAAACAGACGGCCGAUUAUCCUCUAUUAGAAGAAAGCUUCACCAUACAUUUGGGAUCCCAGAUGAAACAAAUGCAUAAUAUACGUAUAUUAACCGGAGACGUGCUUGAUUUUUGCCGUACGAAAAAUAGUGAAUCCGGGAUGGAUCCAACGCCGCAAAGAUUACAAACAGCUUUAGGAUUAUAUUCGAACGAUCUGUGUGGAUUGGUUCUCCUAAGCGAUAAUCAUUUAGGCUAUUCUGGAAUUACAAAAGAAUUAUGCUCGAUAUGUCAGUUAACGACAGAAUUCCAUUUCCCACCGAUUGAUGAGCAGUUGGAAAAAAUUCGGGAAGAUGUAAAGGAUGCUGUUGCCUGGAGGCAGGCGCAUUACAGAGAAGGAAGUGACCCACAUACGAAAAGAUCCACGACGAGCAAAAGCUUACAAACUGGCGAUGUUUUUAUCACGAGACACUCCAAUCUGGCACAAGUUCAUGUAGUAUUUCACAUGAUAGUGAAUGAUUCUUUAAGAUCUGGCGAUAUCAACUCGAGACAUCCCGCUAUAUUGGGAUUAAGAAAUAUUUUGAAAACGGCGUGUUGCAACGAUGUGACUACGCUGACAAUUCCCGUAUUGCUCGUCCAUGAAAUGUCAGAGGACAUGACGGUCGCCUGGUGCACGAAGCGAGCCGAGCUAGUUUUCAAAUGCGUGAAAGGAUUUAUGAUCGAAAUGGCAUCCUGGGGUGGAGCCGAAUUGAAGAAUCUUCAAUUUCUCGUACCGAAAGGAAUGUCCGAAGAAGUGUUCGGAACAUUAGCCACAAUGUUGCCUAGCAUAUUUCGAGUGUCGAAUCCGCUGGUUUUCAAGGCCACCAGCACCCCACAAACCCCAAAAAAGUGAACGAUUUGCCCAUGUUAUCGUUGCAUGCACUUGGAACAUUGCAAUGUUUACUGUACAUGCAGCCGUGAUUAUCUGCAGUAACAAUUAUUCGCCGUGGGCGUGAAAAAGAUACACUUUGUGAAUAAAUUUCUGACUUUUAAUAAGCUCUCUUUGUUUAUAUCACUUUCAUGCGAUUAAUUUCUCAUCUCGAAUCAAUUCAAUAUUUCCAGUGCCAUAAAAUAAAUAACAAAUAAAUGUUUUUUUCAUCAAAUACUGCAGGAUUUAUUCGAUGUAUAUUUUAUUGGUUCUGCUCUCUUUCAAUAUUAUUAAUAAAAUGUUUACACUGACUU